AUGGUGAUGAAUAGUCCACCGGAGAAAGACAGAGAUAGGAAAAUGUUGGUUGGAAUUGUGUGGAACUGUGCGGCGGAGUUCAAGCUCCUCCUCACCGCCCUCCUCCUCCUAUGCUCUCUCGCCACCAUCUUCCAGUUUCUCUCCUCCCGCUUCUCCGUCUUCCCUUCCGACAUCCGCCACUGCCUCUCCGGUACUCCCGCCGAUCUAUCAGGUAACAUCACAACAUUGUCGGUGGUACCAGAUCCACCACCCGUUCAACUUCUGCAGAAGCAGGAGCAGAAGAAAGACCAGUUGUUGGAAAAUGGCAUCAUAAAGAGAGCUUUCAAUCCCUACGGCUCAGCUGCUUACAAUUUCAUUCUGAUGUCAGCUUACAGAGGUGGCGUCGACACGUUCGCCGUCAUGGGGUUAUCUUCCAAGCCCUUACACGUCUUCGGAAACCCAAGCUACCAAUGCCAGUGGAUCCCCGAUGAAGAUCCAAAUUCUAACGUCACUUCCGUCGGCCAGAAGAUCCUCACUGACUGGGGCUAUGGCCGCGUCUACACCGUCGUUGUCGUGAACUGCACUUUCCUGGCCCCCACCGGGAGCAACGGUAAAGGUGGGAAGCUGCUCCUCCACGCCACCACCAACGGCGGUGGUGACGGUAGCUUCAACACCACCGACACUAUUGUGGUGCUGAACGAAACUGCCGAAGAAUUCGCGAAUUUCACAUCACAAUUCAACUCGCAACCCAAGUACGAUUAUCUGUAUUGUGGGUCAUCUCUGUUCGGGAACUUGAGUCCUCAGAGAGUACGAGAGUGGCUGGCUUAUCACAUUAAACUCCUAGGAAGCAAGUCCCAUUUUGUGAUACAUGACGCCGGUGGUGUACACGAUGGAGUAAUGGAAGUGCUAAAACCAUGGAUGGAGAAGGGGUUCGUGACACUGCAAGAUAUUAGGGAGCAAGAGAGAUUUGACGGGUACUAUCACAAUCAGUUCCUCAUAGUGAAUGAUUGCUUGCAUAGAUACAGAUUUGUAGCCAAAUGGAUGCUGUUCUUUGAUGUCGAUGAAUUCAUUUUCAUGCCUAAGAAGAGCACCAUUCAGUCUGUAUUUGAUUCACUCUUGGAUUAUACGCAAUUCACGAUUGAGCAAAUGCCCAUGUCCAAUAAGCUCUGCCUUUCCCAGGAUGCCCGUACAGCUUUCAGGAAAUGGGGAUUCGAGAAGCUGGUAUACAAGGACAUAAAGAGAGGUGUUAGGAGGGACAGGAAAUACGCGGUGCAACCACGGAAUGUGUUUGCAACUGGGGUGCACAUGUCGCAAAACGUAAUAGGCAAGACCACACACAAGACAGAGGGACGUAUAAAGUACUUCCAUUAUCACGGAGCCAUUUCCGAAAGGCGUGAACCAUGCCGGAAGUUUGUGAAUUCCACGCAAGUCACGGUCGAUGGGAUUCCAUACGUUCUGGACACAACCAUGCGAGAUAUUGCUGGAAUUGUGAAGAGAUUCGAACUCAAAAUGAUUGGCACUAGAUUACAAAGAACGCGGCAAUGA